AUGGCGGACCCACCUAGGAGAAUCACCUUGAAGGAGGCCGGAGCUCCUGAUCUUAACUUGCAACCACUACAAAUCUUGUAUUCGGCCUUAGACCCAAAUUUUGAGCUCAAGUCUGGCACGAUAAACUUGCUCCCCAAAUACAAUGGAUUACUUGGAGAGGAUCCCUUGAAGCAUCUCAAAAAUUUCCAAGUUGCUUGUGCAACUGCAAGAAGACAUGGGGCCGAUGAAGCUGCAGUGUUGGUCUUCGCCUUUCCUUUCUCUUUGGAGGGAAAAGCGAAGGAGUUGUUUUAUACUCAGAUGGGUGAAGUUAGAUCUAACUGGGACUUAUUGUGUAAAGAGUUUUUGAAAAAGUUCUACCCUUCCCAGAAAACAGACAAGUUGCGAAGAGAGAUUUUAUGCAUUGUACAACGGGAUGGGGAGACUUUGUAUGAGUAUUGGGAGAGAUUCAAGAAGUUGCUGGAGGCUUGUCCUCACCAUUGGAUUGAUGAGUUAGUUCUUAUCAGUUACUUCUGUCAAGGAAUGCAUCACCAAGACAAGCUUCUCCUAGAUGCCGCGAGUGGAGGUUCAUUGACCAAGAACAAGACCGCUGCGGAAGCAUGGGAAGUUAUAUCAGACUUAGUGGACUCCACUCAAUACUCAAGGGCAAGGAGUCCACAACCGAAGGCUGUGAAUGAAGUUUCUCCCUUCGAAGAAGCUAUUUUGACCAAGACACUUGGUGAAAUGACAAUUUUGUUGCGACAACUCACCCAAGGGCAGCAAAUUCCUCAAGCUUUGAUAAGUGCUCUACCCCAACCUCAAAGGAUCGAAGGACCACCAAGGGUAUGUAGUAUUUGUGCGUGUAACACUCAUUACACCGAUGAGUGUCCUCAGCUCCAAGAGGAUACUACAUUGGCGGUAGCUAACACUUACCCACAAAAACCAAAUUACACCCAAGGAUCCAACCAACAUGGAGGAAACCAAAACCAAGAGUGGAGGGAUAACUCAAACCAAAGGUGGAACCAAGCUCCUCAAGCUCAUUCCAACCAAAACACCCAAGUCUACUACUAUCAACAACCCCAAGGUCAACUACAAUACCAACAACCAUACCAACAACCAUACCAACAACCCCCACAAUCUCAACCUCAAGGGAAAUACCAACACCCACAUAGUAGGCCUAGCCCUCCUCAAGUUAACCAAGCCCUUCCCUCCAACCAACCUCACAUGAAUGACACAAUUCACACCUUCAUGCAAGAAAAACGAGAGUUCCACAAGAAACAAGAAGCAUAUAUGGCUACAAUAGCUGAUGCCCUUUCCCGUCUAACUCUCUCUCCUCCAACCACACAAAAUACCCAACAAGCUUCAACUUCAUGUAGUUUGCCCUCCCAACCUCAACCCAACCCUAAGGGUAGCAUCAAUGCUAUUACCCUUAGGAGCAGCACCAAUUGA